AUGUCUAUUCUCUAUGAAUUCUCAUUUAUUUUAUCAGUUAUCGGUCUCUUUUUGACCCUUAUUUUGAAUCCCGUUGUAAUUUAUAUAACCUUGUUCAAAAUUCAAAAAAUUCUUGGAAUUUAUCGAAAUUUGAUUGUUAUUGCCGCUUUACUUGGACUAUGUUUUUCGAUUUUGGAUAUUUUGGUUCAUCCAUUUUUUCAUUCAUAUAAUGAAGUAUUUUUCUAUUUUACAUUUCAAGAUGUUUUUGGAGAUUUUUGGAUGUUAGCUUCACUUUUGCUGUAUGCGUUUCUCCACUCUUCGCUUAUAAGUUUUAUCGCAGUUCAGUUUAUAUAUCGAUAUUUUGUCGUGACGAAGUAAGUUUCAAAAAAUAAUCAUAGCUUACAACUUGUGCUUUGGAGUUUAUCUAGUUUGGUAAAAAAAAAACUUUCAAUAUUUUAGCAAUCCGAGAGCAUCGCAAUUUCAAGGUUGCAAAUUGAUUCUCUGGGUUUCUUAUGCUUUCUCAUUUGGCCUCAUUUACACAAGCGCAAUUUUUAUGUUAUGUCCAUCUUCAAGUCAGGAAAAAGAACAACUUAGAGAAACUUUCAUUGAAACUUAUAAUGUACUGAUUGAAAAGACGCAUGGAUUCGUAUUCGUCGGAAAUGUAACAAAACAGAAUUCUGGAAUUUCUUAAUGACACAAAAAGUUUUUUAUAGAGUGGUAUGGCUGGAAGUGGAAGUUUACUAGGUGUUGUGGUUUUUCAAUUCUCUGUUAUGGUUUUUUGCGGUAUUCGAAUGAAUCGAGAAUUGGAGAAGAAUCAGAAUCACAUGUCAAACUCUUAUAAAAAUUUACAAAAACAAUUUUUGAAAGUUUUAGUGUUCCAGGUAUUUUUUCUUCAAAAUUGUUCAUUCAGUUUUAAUUUUUUUGUAGAUCAGUGGACCGUGUAUUCUGUUUUAUCUCCCAUUGGUCCCAAUAUUUUUUGCUCCGUUGUUCAAAUUGAAAUUUUCGUUCGAAAGCGGUGUACUUAUUUCAACAUUCAGUUUAUUUCCUCCAAUUGAUAGUAUGAUAUUAAUGUCUGUAGUUACAGAAUAUCGAAAAAGUUUCAAAAGUAAGCUGAAUUUUGAUGCUGUCUCCAAAUUUUUAAUACCAUAUUCAAAGUUUCAGAUUUAUUAAAGAAGAACAAAAUAAGUGGUAUAAUUGUUUCUCCCGGUCAAACAAUUCAAUAUGUUCAUUAG